GUUUCUUUCAGUAAGCCCUUGCAGGCCUGCCCACUUUGCUCUCUCCACCUGCGUCUUCUUGCUCACAAAUGUUCACCCGAAAUAUGACCCACAACACACUCGUUCAUUAGUUCUUAUGGCUUCCAUUUCCACUCCCUUUUCCCCUCUUUUCUAUCCACCAUUUAGGAGCCCUUCAUCACCAACGAGACAUAAAAUUAGAAUUACAGGCCUUACCUCCCAAUCCCACAAACAUUCAGUAAGAAACCUAACAUUUGUGCAUAAUUAUCGCGUUUUCAGCUUUUUAGAAGCUUCAAAAUGCCGUAACCACAACCAAGAACAGUCUAUAGAGCAUCCUUCAAGCCCAGAACAACAAAAGCAAUCGCCUUUCUCAAUUGGGUGUCUUACUAGACCCGAAAAUCACAUAGUUCGAAGCAUUACUAGGUCUGUUGUGUAUGCUUUGUUUUGUAUUGCUGUUGGGUUCGUUCCAGUUGGUGCAUUACCAGCUCGUGCUGCUGUUGCUAGUGAAGUUACAUUCAAAAAGGAGGAGAGAGAAGUGAAUGAAGAAUCGUAUGCAAAGGGCCAUGAAUAUUCGGAUUGUACUAAAAGUUUGAUAGAAGAGGUUUCAUGGUUGUUGAAGUGUAUAGAGGAGACUAGGAAGGGAAACGGGGGAUUGGAGGAAGUGAGAUUGGCGUUAAAGGCAGUAAAGGCAAAGAAAGAAGGAUUACUAGGGCAGAUAAUGGAGGGGCUAUAUUCGGAAGCUAUUGAAUUGGGAAAAGAAAAAUUCAGUUUGGAGGACCGUGCUGUUGAGCUCAGGGUUGAAGCGGUGAAGGUUAGAAGAGAGUACGAGAAUUUGGAGGGAAGUGCUGAGAAAGAGAGAAUGGAGGAGUUGAAGGAGAGAAUGAGAGCGAUGGAGGAGAAUUAUGGUCGAGUUUGGGAUAGAAUUGGGGAGAUUGAGGAUGUAAUUUUUAGGAGGAAGACAAUAGCAAUGAGUUUUGGAGUCAGGGAGCUUUGCUUCAUUGAGAGGGAGUGUGAGGAGUUGGUGAAAAGAUUUAACCAAGAAACGAGACGAAAGGGUACGGAAAGUGUGCAAAAAAGCUCCAAUCUCUCUAGAUCUGAAAUUCAGAAAGAAUUGGAAACAGCACAAACUAAAUUCUUGGAACAGAUUAUUUUGCCUAAUGUUGUGGAAGUUGAAGGCCUUGGACCUCUAUUUGAUCAAGAUUUAGUGGAUUUUGCUUUGAGUCUAAAACAAGGUCUUAAAGAUUCAAGGAAGCUGCAGAAUGAUCUGGAGAAUAGUGUAAGAAAAAGGAUGAAGAGGUUUGGUGAUGAAAAGCGUUUGGUCGUAAUGACACCAGCAGAUGAGAUUGUGAAGGGUUUCCCAGAAGUUGAGUUGAAGUGGAUGUUUGGAGAUAAGGAGUUAGUAGUCCCUAAAGCUAUUCGCCUGCAUUUAUACCAUGGAUGGAAGAAAUGGAGAGAAGAAGCAAAGGCAAACCUGAAGAGAAAUUUAUUGGAAGAUGUUGAGUUUGGUAAACAGUACGUGGCCCAAAUACAGGAACGUAUUCUUCUAGAUCGAGAUAGGGUCAUCUCAAAGACUUGGUACAAUGAAGAGAAAAACAGGUGGGAAAUAGACCCCAUUGCUGUUCCAUAUGCUGUCUCAAGGAAACUAGUGGAGCACGCUCGAAUCAGACAUGAUUGGGGUGCCAUGUAUAUUGCACUCAAGGGUGAUGGCAAAGAAUACUAUGUUGACAUUAAGGAAUUUGACAUGCUUUAUGAGUAUUUUGGAGGGUUUGAUGGGCUAUAUAUGAAAAUGCUUGCCCAGGGUAUUCCCACUGUGGUUCAGUGGAUGUGGAUCCCUUUAACAGAAUUGAAUAUGCAUCAACAAUUUCUCUUGACAAUGAGGCUGGCUUGCCGAUGUGUAAAUGGAAUAUGGAAGGCUAGAAUUGUUUCGUCUGGAAGAGAUUGGUUGUUAGAGACAAUUAGUGACAUAAAUGAUGAUAUAAUGAUGAUGAUUGUGUUUCCUACACUGGAGUUUGUCAUUCCUUUUCCAGUAAGGUUACGGUUGGGGAUGGCAUGGCCAGAGGAAACCGGGCAGAGUGUUGCCUCAACAUGGUACUUGAAAUGGCAAUCUGAGGUGGAAAUUAGGUUUAAGUCCAGAGAAACAGAUGAAAUAGAUUGGUAUUUUUUUCUGUUUAUUGUUAGAACUGCUAUCUACGGAUAUAUUUUGUUCCAUGUUUUCUGUUUUAUGAAGAGGAAGGCUCCAAAACUUCUUGGUUUUGGACCUUUACGUAGAAAUCCAAACUUGCGGAAGUUACAAAGAGUGAGAGCCUAUUAUAAUUACAAGAUAAGGAGAACCAAACGCAAAAGAAAGGCUGGGAUUGAUCCUAUAACAAGUGCUUUUGAAAGAAUGAAGAGGGUGAAGAAUCCUCCAAUACCAUUGAAGGACUUUGCUAGCAUCGAUUCUAUGAGGGAGGAAAUUAAUGAAGUUGUAGCAUUUCUACAAAAUCCCAGUGCUUUCCAAGAAAUAGGUGCCCGUGCACCACGGGGAGUUCUUAUUGUAGGAGAGAGAGGAACGGGAAAGACGUCUCUGGCACUGGCUAUUGCUGCUGAAGCCAAGGUUCCUGUGGUCAAAGUUGCUGCCCAGCAGUUGGAGGCGGGACUAUGGGUUGGUCAAAGUGCAUCAAAUGUCCGGGAACUGUUUCAAACAGCUAGGGAUUUGGCACCUGUAAUUAUCUUCGUGGAGGAUUUUGAUCUUUUUGCUGGUGUUCGUGGUAAAUAUAUUCACACUAAGAAGCAGGAUCAUGAGGCUUUCAUUAAUCAACUUCUAGUGGAACUUGAUGGGUUUGAGAAACAAGAUGGAGUUGUUUUGAUGGCCACAACAAGAAAUCUGAAGCAAAUUGAUGAGGCCUUGCAACGGCCUGGUCGGAUGGAUAGAGUAUUUUAUCUUCAACAACCAACACAAUUAGAGAGGGAGAAGAUUUUACUAAGUUCUGCAAAAGAAACCAUGGAUGAAGGCCUCAUUGAUUUUGUAGACUGGAAAAAGGUUGCUGAGAAGACAGCCCUUUUACGCCCUAUUGAAUUGAAACUUGUUCCCGUUGCCCUGGAAGGUAGUGCCUUUAGGAGCAAAUUUGUUGAUACAGAUGAACUUAUGAGCUACUGCAGUUGGUUUGCGACUUUCAGUUUUAUGUUUCCCAAAUGGAUUUGUAAAAUCAAAGUUGUGAAGAAGGUGAGCAAGAUGUUGGUGAAUCAUUUGGGGCUAGAAUUGACUAAAGAGGAUCUGCAGAAUGUUGUUGACCUGAUGGAGCCAUAUGGUCAGAUAAGCAAUGGAAUAGACCUACUUAAUCCUCCACUUGAUUGGACCAGGGAGACCAAGUUCCCACAUGCUGUUUGGGCUGCUGGCCGUGGUCUGAUUGCACUUCUUUUACCCAACUUUGAUGUUGUAGAUAAUCUAUGGUUGGAGCCUUGUUCUUGGCAGGGAAUUGGAUGUACAAAAAUCAGUAAGGCUAGAAAUGAAGGUUCCCUGAAUGGGAAUGUGGAAUCAAGAUCUUAUCAUGAGAAAAAGCUUGUCUUCUGUUUUGGUUCAUAUGUUGCGGCCCAGCUUCUACUUCCCUUCAGUGAAGAAAAUUUUCUUUCUUCUUCAGAAUUAAGACAAGCUCAGGAGAUAGCUACACGUAUGGUGAUUCAAUAUGGGUGGGGGCCUGAUGAUAGUCCCGCAAUUUACUACAGUAGCAAUGCGGUUACAUCUUUAAGCAUGGGGAACAACCAUGAAUAUGACAUGGCGGCUAAAGUUGAAAAGAUGUAUGAUCUAGCAUAUCUUAAAGCAAAGGAAUUGCUUCAAAAAAAUCAUCGAGUUCUUGAGAAGAUUGUUGAAGAGUUGCUUGAAUUUGAGAUCUUGACUGGAAAGGAUUUGGAAAGAAUCUUUGAAAAUAGUGGUGGGAUUCGGGAGAAGGAGCCCUUUUUCCUUUCAAAAGCUAAUCAUGGAGAGCCGGGGUCUAGCAGCUUUCUUGACAUGGGGAAUGGAUCGGAACCUGCUCUUUUAGGUGCAUCUAACUAAGGAUCAAGGGAACAUUGACUUGAAGUGUUGAUCGUUAAGGUGCCACAUUUUUCCAAUGAGCACAGGUUGCAUCUGUGAAAGGUUCCUUUGUUUAAUUUAUUGAACAUUUCUUUCUGACUCUAGAACUAUUUAUGUAAACUUGUUACAGAAAGUAAGUUUAGUUGAGAAGAGGUUCUAUUUUUCCUUCUCAACUGUAGUCAUCCAAGGUUGGAGAAACAUGCUUCCCUUUCACAAUUACAAUUUGAUUGUUGACCAAUUUGUAUAUUUAUUUAUUUAUUUAAUUUUUUUGCCUUACUGUAA